CCCGUGGGCCCCCAGACGGCCAGAGUCCCUUCCUCCAAAGCCUAGUCACCUAAGGUCUGAGCCCCCAAAAGAGGGGAAGGUUGGUUUCAGAUACCCCCCCCAGCCCCGCCUCUUCCCCCACCCGCUCAGCUUCCUCUCUCUGUGAGGAACACUUUCACUUCCUGCUACUCCAGGCCUCCCCUCGAAGAACAGGACACACGGGCCUUCCUUCUGGGAUCCCCACAUCUCCCCACCAGCCAGCCGCUGAAGAACUGACACCCGGCACAGCGAGGGGCCUUGGGCCCAUUCUGAUCGGUCAGGGUCUCUGCUAUAUCGUGAAUAUUACCCCUGGAUUGGAGCAGCCUUGAACUUUACCUUCCUCCCUGCCAGAGGCCAGACCAUGGCUUGCUGGCCUCCCGCAUCCUGAGGAUGGCCCAGCCGGAGGACAAGGCCUCUGCAGGCCUCAUCGAUGGGGAGAGGAUGGUUCCACCACAGGUGAAUGGAGCAGGUGAGGCCCCCUUAGGGGUCCUUGGGACCCCAGAGCCACUCCUUCGCCUGCAGAGGACACGGGGGGUGUGGCAGAUCCCAGAGCUGGCUACUCAGGAUGCGGGAGCCCUUCUUGAGCUGUGGCCACCGGGGAGUUUCCUGGUCACAGGACACAACUCCAGCCAGGUCCUGGUGUUGAGGACAGGAGCUUCACCAGGAGAAGUCUGCACCUACCAGAUCCAGAAGCUUCCUGGAGGUGUUUCUCUGGAAUACUCUAACCUCUGUAUGCCGGACCUGCCCCAUCUCCUGGCUUUCCUAUCAGCCAGCAGGGAUGUUUUGCCCAGAACACUGCUCUUGCCCCCUCCCACUCUAAGGCCAGGAGACCAACAAACAGGUCUUCCACAGACCGGCGGCGUCCAACUCGACAUCUCGGAGAAGGUGCUCUCGGUGGUGAACAAGCUGUACCUGGAGACCCACGGAGGGUGGGGUUUGGAGCAGAUCACCGCAGAGACACCUUCAGGGACUGCAGAAAGACACAGUUCAGCCCCCAGGAACCCUGCCCCUCACCGGGUCUCCUGGGUCGAAGGCCCGCUCAGCCCAGAAGGAUACCAUCCUGGGCCAACCCUAGCCAGCCUGGUGGAGGAGAAAGAGAAGGAGGACGAGGACGAGGACAAGGACAGCUACAAAGAUGAAGAGAAAGGACCUGACGAUGUUCUCACCCAUCACAUCCAGGCUCUGGCCAGGGCCCGGAGCAACUACGUGGGCAGGCAGUUCCAGGGCCUUCGAGCCCGCCUCACCUCAAAUGCUGGAGGCCCCCACAGCCCCGGGGACCCAGCCACAGAGCUGCUUCAGGAUGUGCGGCACCUCCUUACCGACCUCCAGGAUCAAUUGUCAAAGGACCCCGACGUCAGGGCUGUCUUUGGGAGCCGGGGGCCUGGGGUCCCCCAGAAGGAGGAGGAUCUUGGCGUCGCGUUGGAGGCCGCCCUGUGCCGGGCGGUGCUGGAGCCCCUGAAGCCCGCCCUGUGGACGCGACUCCGGACGCUGCGAGCCCGGGAGCUGCGGCGACUGCGGCAGCGACAGACAGCCCUGCGGGCGGGGGCGGGGCCUGAGGGGCGGGGCCCCGCCCCCGCCCUGCGGAGCCGCAUCCACGCGCGCCUGGAGCACCUCCACGCCGCCUGCGCCCCACGCCGCAAGGUGGCGCUGCUGCUGGAGGUGUGCAGUGACGUUUACGCGGGCCUGGCUCAGGGCAAGGACCAAGAGCCCCUGGGGGCCGACGCCUUCCUGCCCGCGCUGACGGAAGAACUGAUCUGGAGUCCGCACAUUGGGGAGACGCAGCUGGACGUGGAGUUUCUUAUGGAGCUCUUGGAUCCGGACGAGCUGCGGGGAGAAGCCGGGUACUACCUGACCACGUGGUUUGGGGCGCUGCACCACAUUGCUCACUACCAGCCCGAUGUGGGCCGCGCUCCCCAGGGCCUCAGCUCUGAGGCCCGCGCCUCCCUGCGCCAGUGGCACAGCCGGCGAACACUGCACAGACAGGACAGACAGGACCGCGGAGCCCAGGUCCAACUGCCCUUUGAGGAGCCGUGGGCAAGAGACACUGUGCCCAGAGACGGACUAUGAUAAGGGGUCCCACAUCCUCCUGUUCCUCAGGCAAGAUUCCGGAGGCGCCAGGACAGCACCGACUUCUGACCCCUGUUGGUUUAGGUGCCAGGAGGCGGCGAGGUUCCCCGGAACAGACCCACCUCUGGGCCUUUGCAUUGACUACUCCAUUCUCUAGUAUUUAUAUCGCUCCGUCCCUCCGUUCCUUCGGGUCUUUAGGUGGCUGUCACCUUCUCGGGGAGGCUCUCCCAGACACCCUGUGUAAAACUGUACCUCCUCUGGCUUGACCCUCCCUGCGGCAGGCAGAAUAAUGCCCCCCCCCAAGACAUCCACCUCCUGAUCCCCCAAAUCCGUGAAUAUGUUACCUUACAUGGUCAAAGGGACCUGACAUAUGUGACCAAAUGAAUGAUCUUGACAUGGGGAGAUUAUUCUGGAUCAUCCUGGUGGACCGGUAACAUCACAGGAGUCCUCUUAGGAGGGAGGUGGGAGGCUCAGAGUCAGAGAAGGAGAUGUGAUUUUGUAAGCAGAGGUCAGAGUGAUGUGGCCAGGAGCCAAAGACUUGUCUAGAAGCUGAAAAAGACGGGGAAUGGAUUUCCCCCUGGAACCUCCAGAAAGAAUUCGGCCUUUGAUUUAGGCCCUAAGACCCGUUUUGGACUUCUGACCUUUAGAACUGCAAGAUAAUACAUUUGUGGUUUUUUGAGCCACUACAUUUGUGGUAAUUUGUUACAGCAGCAACAGGAAGCUGAUAUACUCUCUUACCCCGAUCUUUAUUUUUUUUCCAUAGAAAUGAUCACUUCCUAACAUACCAUGAAAUGUACAUAUUUAUUGUGUUAAUUGUCCCUAGGCUCCCGUCCCUUAGAACAGCACAGCACCAUCCAAGAGAAAUACAAUGCAAGCUAGAUAAGCAAUUCUAAAUAUUCUAGUAGCUACAUUACAGAAAAGUAAAAACUCAAGUGAAAUUAACUUUAAUAACCUAUUGGAUUUAACUCAGUGUAUCCCAAAGGUUCUCACUCGUAACAUGUGAUCAAUAUCCAAAAAUUAGGGGCUCCUGGCUGGCUCAGUCAGAGGAGCGUGUGACUCUUGAUCUCAGGGUUGUGGGCUCGAGCCCCACGUUAGGUGUAGAGAUU